GCACCCAGCUAGUCCACCUAGAAAUGCACUUUCCCCUCUACUGUGCCCGCCGCCGCCGCCCCCUCCCCAUUUUUUGGGGUUCUCGGGGCCGCCGGGCUUGGACGCUGCCAGAGUGGGACGGCGAGAACAGGAGAAGGAGCGGCGGCGAAGGUAGCAGCGGCACGCAGCAUCCUCUCUCCCCACCGCUCGCCUCCUCGUCCCCCACCGGGGAGCGGAGCGAGCCCCACCAGGCGACGAGGCAGCCUCUCCGGCUGAUGUCAUCCGCCACCGGCAAGGAGGCUGUGCCUGCCUGAGCAGCCGAGAGGGGGACCCGAACCGCCAGCAAAAGCCAGAGUCCAGCAAGAGGAGGAGGGAGCGGGUUGCUGCUGCUGCUGCUGCUGCUGCUCGUGGCGGGCGGGCGAGGCUGGAAGGGGCGGCUGGCGCGGCAGCUCUGGCUUAGGUGCUGCCGGAUCGCGGGGCGGCGGCGGCGGCAGCAGCAGCAGCAGGCGAGCCCCCUCGACGGCCAGCGCGGGGGGAGAGGCCGGGUCGCCGCUGGAGAAGGAGAGGAUGCGCGCUCCUCCGCCCAGACGCCCUGCGCCGCCGCCACUCCCGCUGCUUUCCGAGGAGAAGCAGCCGCCCCAGUGAUCGGCGCAGCUGGGGGGCAGAGAAGGCAGCGGGGACGCUCGCAAGCCCCGCCAGACCCAGCCCAGCUCCCCGGAGCCAGGCGCAGCCAGCGGAGGGGGGCCGCCACCGCCACCACCGCCUCCUCCUCCCCCUCCCCCCAGCUCCGGAGCCGCUCAGACGCGCGCCCCAGCAGCAGCAGCGGGAAGCCGAGCCCUUCACAUGUUCCUGGGACUGCCCUUCACACGUUCCCGAGGACGGGAUGCGGGACAGGUGGCGGCUGCGGCGGUCUUCUGCACUUGAGAGCAAUGAACAGUUCUUGCCAUCUUGCAUCCUGAGGGUAUAGGCGCCUUUCUUCUUCAGGAUCUCAGCACUUGUGGGUGACUUUGGUUGCACAAAAGCAGUCAAGUAACAAGAGAAGAGGGCACUACCUACCUUUUCUGGAAUCUACAUUCACGAUCCUAGGGUUCUGCAAAGGUCUCUUUUCCACAGCCAAGGCCCAAGCCAAAUCUCUGCUACUGGGUUAGUGUUUCAUCUCAAGACAUGUUUCCAUGGUGAGCUGAGUGAGUUUCCUGCAUCAUCUGCUGAUGAACCUCACAGACAGUGCAUGAUCGGGAAGGAAAGGUGAGGAUAACACCCACUGCACCCCUUAAAGCCAAUCAGCCCACAUCCUGACGCCAUCUGACCUGGGUGAAAGAUAGGAUGGUGGCGGGCGAAUUGAGCAUGUAUAGCCCAAUCCUGGCCUGCUGGCAGCCAAUCCUCAUCUUGAUGUUGGGAUCCAUACUCUCAGGCUCUGCCACGGGCUGCCCGCCCCGCUGUGACUGUUCUGCCCAGGAACGCUCUGUGCUCUGCCACCGGAAGCGAUUCAUGACAGUCCCCGAGGGCAUCCCUACAGAGACAAAGCUCUUGGAUCUGGGCAAAAACCGUAUCAAGACUCUCAACCAGGAUGAGUUUGCCAAUUUUCCUCACUUGGAGGAGCUGGAGUUAAAUGAGAACAUUAUCAGUGCCAUCGAGCCAGGGGCUUUCAAUAACCUCUACAACCUCAGGACUCUGGGUCUCAGGAGCAACCGGCUCAAACUCAUCCCCCUGGGGGUGUUCACUGGACUCAGCAAUCUGACCAAGUUGGACAUUAGUGAGAACAAAAUUGUGAUUCUCCUGGAUUACAUGUUCCAGGACUUGUACAACCUCAAGUCUUUGGAGGUGGGGGACAACGACUUGGUCUAUAUCUCCCACCGGGCUUUUAGUGGUCUCAACAGCUUAGAGCAGCUGACGUUGGAAAAAUGCAACUUGACCUCCAUUCCCACAGAGGCGCUCUCUCAUUUGCACGGUUUGAUUGUGCUGCGGUUGCGCCAUCUGAACAUCAAUGCCAUCAGGGAUUACUCAUUUAAGAGGCUCUACAGACUCAAGAUCCUUGAGAUUUCACACUGGCCGUACCUAGAUACCAUGACGUCCAAUUGCUUGUAUGGGCUCAACUUAACAUCCUUGUCCAUCACCCACUGUAACCUGACUUCCAUCCCUUAUGUCUCCUUGAGGCAUCUGGUUUAUCUCAGGUUCCUGAACCUGUCCUACAACCCCAUUCUCACGAUCGAAGGCUCCAUGCUCCAUGACCUUCUCAGGCUUCAGGAGAUACAGCUGGUUGGUGGUCAGCUCACAGUGGUGGAACCAUAUGCUUUUCGGGGUCUGAACUAUUUGCGCAUCUUGAACGUUUCAGGGAACCUUCUGAACACAUUGGAAGAGUCUGCCUUCCACUCUGUGGGCAACCUGGAAACACUGAUCAUAGAUAACAACCCCUUGGCCUGUGAUUGCCGGCUUCUCUGGAUUUUCCGACGCCGCUGGAGGCUAAACUUUAACAAACGCCAGCCCACCUGUGCUACCCCUGAGUUUGUCCAGGGGAAGGAGUUCAAGGACUUCUCAGAGGCCCUGCUACCCAACUACUUCAUCUGCCGUCGGUCCCGGAUACGAGACCGCAAACCACAACAGAUCUUUGUGGAUGAGGGCCACACUGUGCAAUUCAUCUGCCGCGCAGAUGGAGACCCGCCUCCUGCUAUCAUGUGGCUCUCUCCAAGGAAGCACCUCAUCUCUACCAAAACGAACGGGCGGCUCACCGUCUUCCCCGAUGGCACUCUGGAGGUGCGCUAUGCUCAGAUCCAGGACAACGGUACCUACAUAUGCAUUGCCAGCAAUGCUGGUGGCAAUGAUACGAUGCUAGCACACCUGCACGUCCGCAGCUACUCCCCAGACUGGCCCCAUCAGCCCAAUAAGACCUUUGCUUUCAUCUCUAACCAGCCCAACGAGAGUGACGCCAACAGCACGCGCGCCACUGUGCCUUUCCCCUUUGACAUCAAGACCCUCAUCAUUGCCACCACGAUGGGUUUCAUCUCCUUCUUGGGGGUAGUGCUUUUCUGCCUAGUUCUCCUCUUCCUCUGGAGUAGGGGCAAAGGCAACACCAAGCACAACAUCGAAAUCGAAUAUGUCCCACGCAAAUCUGACGCUGGCAUCAGUUCCGCUGCUGAUGCACCACGCAAGUUUAAUAUGAAAAUGAUCUGAAAAAAAGCAAUCAACAAAACUCAAUAAAGAGAGGGGUGUUUUUUUUAAUCUAACAGUAAUAAGAAGAAACAAUGGGACAGACAUACAACCUCUCUUCUCUCCACCUGACUCCUUGGCCCCAUUCUGUUCCCCACAAUCCCGCAUCACUUCCUCCUUGUCCUCUUUGUGAAAUUGUUCUGCUGACGUCUCCAGAACUUCCUGUGUUUGUGGGACAUCUUUUGACAGACUUCGGUGUCAAUCCUAAUGAUGACAGGAAAUUUAAAAAAAAUUAAAAACAACAAACAAUCAAUAAAAAGUUACGAACUUCCUCUGUAACUUUUGAUUUAUGAUGGAUUUUUAUGAAAACUUGAAAUAAUAAAAAAACUAUUUCCUAUA